CGUCGCGGGAAUUCUGCGUAAUGCUGGCGUCCUGUCGUCUCACUCAGCACACUGGCAUGUCUGGAUAUUCUCACCUUUAAGAAUUGAAUGACUUCCUGACUUGGAGGAUGUGGACCUAGUGGCUAGAUUAAAAGCGAACAGGAGGUUGUGUGGAGGGCCCAGGAAGAUAAGAGGAUUCAAUUGGGAUUCCAGAAAUAAGAUCACAUUUUCAUUCUCUUUUGCUAAAUUGGCUGAAAAAUUAGAAUUAUCAACCCUGUAAUUAAAAGUUUAUAUUAAAACAUUACAUUUUUCCUUAACAUAUCACGAAUGUCAGAUUCUCUUUUGUGUAUAUGUUAAGUUUAUAUACUUGCACAUGAAAUCUACCUGUGUAUGUGAAGUAUAUUUUUAUUGAAAUGCAGGACAUUUAAGAAGUUAAUCUGGAAAAUUGGGUUUUACAUCUAGACUCUCAUUUCCAGAGUUUUUUUUUUUUUCUUUCUUUUUUAAGAGAAGAGAAUGUCUGUGGUGCACCAGCUGUCACCAGGAUGGUUACUAGAUCAUCUUUCUUUCAUUAACAACAUAAACUAUCAACUUCACCAACAUCAUGAGCCUUGUUGCAGUAAAAAUGAGCCCACUUCAUCUGUCCACUUUGAUUUUCUUCAAAUGGAUUCUUUGAUCUCUUUGGGAACCUCUGCUACCGUUAUUGCUUUUGACUCUACCACUAAGCCAGAUAAUGAUGCCAGAGGAAAUUGCGAAAUCUUCAUACAGAGAUAUGUUUUUCGAUCUGAGCUAUUUAAUGUCACCAAACCUUAUAUAACUCCAGUUGUUCACAAAGAAUGCCAACAAAGGAAUGAAAAGGAAGAUCCAAUGGAUGGUAUUAAAGAAGAAAACCGCAUUUCUAUUAUUGGGAAGAAGCGUAAAAGAUGUGUUGUUUUCAAUCAAGGUGAAUUGGAUGCUAUGGAAUAUCAUACAAAGAUCAGGGGACUGAUUUUGGAUGGCUCUUCAGAGUUAAUCCAAGAAGGUCUCAAAAGUGGCUUUCUUCAUCCACUUUCUGAAAAAUGGGACAAGUGUAGUGAGCCCAUUACUUUACCACUUGAUACCUGCAAUUUGUCAGAAUUAUGUACAAUGGCAAAGCAUUUGCCUUCUCUGAAUGAAGUGGAUCUUCAGGCAUUACAAUUGAUGGAAGAAGAUAUGUCUGUUACAGAACAGGAUUUAUUUUCACGGGUUGUUGAAAACAACUCUAGCUUUACAAAAAUGAUUACUUUAAUGGGACAGAAAUACCUGGUGCCACCAAAAAGCAGUUUUCUUUUGUCUGACAUUUCUUGCAUGCAUCCACUUCUGAACUGUAGGAAAACAUAUGAUGUAAUUGUGAUGGAUCCACCAUGGCAGAACAAAUCAGUUAAAAGAAGUAACAGGUACAGCUAUUUAUCACCAUUGCAAAUAAAACAGAUACCUAUUCCUAAACUGGCGGCUCCAAACUGUCUUAUCAUUACUUGGGUGACCAAUAGACAGAAGCACCUACGUUUUGUAAAGGAAGAACUUUAUCCUUCUUGGUCUGUUGAGAUAGUUGCUGAGUGGCACUGGGUAAAAAUCACCAAUUCAGGAGAAUUUGUGUUCCCGUUAGAUUCUCCACACAAAAAGCCUUAUGAAGGUCUUAUACUGGGGAGAGUUCGAGAAAAAACUGCUGUAACAUUAAGGAAUGAAGAUGUAAAAGUACUUCCCAUUCCAGAUCACAAGUUAAUUGUCAGUGUGCCCUGUACUCUUCAUUCACAUAAGCCACCGCUUGCUGAGGUUCUAAAAGACUAUAUCAAGCCAGAUGGGGAAUGUUUGGAAUUGUUUGCUCGAAAUUUACAGCCAGGUUGGACUAGUUGGGGCAAUGAAGUUCUCAAAUUUCAACACAUGGAUUAUUUUGUUGCUCUGCAGUCUAGAAGCUGACUAUGAUCUUAAAGUUGUGAUUUUCUUCACUUUUUCCUCACCCCUUUUUCCUUCAUUCUAACUGAUACUGCCUUUUCUUACCAACCAGGAUGCUUAGAAAUGUAAACAGGACUUGGUUUUUCUGCCAAAGACCAGAAGUGACUAGUUUUUAUGUAAUUUUGAGAUGAAUUUACUUAAGUUGUACUAGUAUUCCCCAUUAUUCUGGAUUCACUGCAAAUAAAGAGGUAAGCAGUUAGAAAAAUGACAAGACUUUGUUAUUGAAAAAGUUCGGAAAGCACGCACUAUGGACCAGAGGUCAUAAUUCUGCCUAUGGAUGUGUUUCAUUUGGCCCAUAUGGUGUUAUAAAAAAAAAUUUGAGCCAUCAUUCUGAAAAAUCGGGAAAUUUCAUGUAAAGUGUAGAUUUUCACUUUUCUCUAAACAUCAGAAGCUCUGGCUGCAUUGCGGUCUGUAUUCUUUCCUGGCAUCAGUCAGUAGGGCCCAGUGGUAGCAGCUCCCUUGGGAAGGGACAUGGGCUCUGCAGUUUACCACAAAAACACUUGCUCCAUGCCACUCAGUUGUAUUGUCUACGUGGCCCCUGUGCAGCCCAAAUUUAUGAUCUCUGGUAUAAUGUUACAUUCUUGAAAAAGUAUUGAGAGACCUCCUGAGUACCUUAUCAUUGUACUGAGCUUUUGAAACCUUUUUGGAGGGUUUUAAAUUGCGUUCAAGGUCACUUUUCAAGUACUUCUUAGUUUUGCUUGGUUUUCUAGAAGAUUUAAAAAGUAUUUCUUAUAAAAAUGUCAGAAGAUGGGGCGCCUGGGUGGCUCAGUCGUUAAGCAUCUGCCUUUGGCUCAGGUCAUAAUCCCGGGGU